GUACAGACAGGCUCUAAUUAACAUUAAAUGCAUUUAAGCUUCAGAAAACAAUGAUUCAAACUUGCCUCCAGGUUACAAUAACCAACGGUGCAGGAUUAUUAUACCUGCAGCUUGGCGCUGAAAUAGGUGAUGGCAUAUUACUGCAUGUGGAAAACAUUUCAUGUGGGAUUUCUUAGAUGAAAACAAGUUAUUUCUGGGCUGAAAAGGGAGUUUAAGAUGAAAAGAAACAGUCCCUGUGACGCUCCCCUCAUUUGUGUAAAUAGUCGCAGAAGCAAAUGGCAAAGAAAUGCGAUCCACAUAUAGAAAUGAUUCAGAUGAAUAUCCUGAAUGUCUAAAUAUCUCUCCUAGUUUGAAUAUCAAAUGUUCAGCAGCCAUGCAAGCGACAAAAUUCCCGUGAAGCCCAAGAUUCAAGCCGCCAGAGAAAAAGGCACUGGGACUAAAAUAUGUAGGAACUGGUGCUUGUGGGCGUGUGUCGUGUUUUAUGGCUCCUGAACAACUUGUGCAACUGGCUGUUUUACACCUCACAGCCCAUUUAUCGCAGGUUCCUUCAGUGGUAAAGCACCCAAGAAAUGCCAGGUCAGCCUGUCAAUUACUGCUUCAAAGCAUCUUUUCCGCAUAUAAAAUAAAUUAUUAAUUUGUUACAUAAGCAACAGCAGAACACGCAGUCUAUUCAGAGGUUUCCUGCUUAAAGUGGCGGUUAGGAUGCAGAUGCACAGAGCUGGGGAUGCAUUGAUGAAGCAGGUGUCAGAGUGGCGACUUUUCUGUGUGUGUCAGAGCCUCUCCUUGUUUUAUCACCAUCUUUUCCUCCUGGUUUUUCCUCUCGCAGUGGGGAGGGGAGGAGUGGGGGGGCGGUGGCAGAGAAAGGCGAGGUUCUGUUGUCAGAUCUGUCAGUCGAGCCAGCCUGGUCCCUCCCACCACUGUGGAGGCAUUACAUACUGCUGGUGCUCUUAGCAACCGUGCCUCAGCAACAGAGCCACGGCAGCAGCGUGCCGUGUCUCCCCAAUGGAGCUGCCAUUGGGCGGACCAGCUCUCAGGCACUACACCCAGAGCAGACCGAGACCCCACCGGCAAAAACUGAACUACCGUCCCAGCAGACCGCAGGAGACGAUAAUUGAGAGUGAAAAUGAAGUUCUUGAGCACAUGGGGCGAGUGGAUGAAGGCGUGGAGGAGUUCUUUACAAAGAAAGUACUUCCCACUGAUACGCUGACCAAGCAGGAUGAGGAAACUAUCACACAGCAAGAAGUGGCUCCUGCCAGCGCUGUCGCUCCCUGUCCUCCACCGACGAAAACUCUCAGGAGGAAACUGGGAGAUUUCUUCACCCUCAAGAGGAAGCGAGGUCUGAAGUCAGAGCCGAGCCAGGAGGGCCGCCCCAAAAAAGCCUCCAUCGCCGAUUUCAUCCGACCUCUUAGGGAGGUUGCCAGGUCAGAGAAAGACAAGGAGAAGGAGCGGGUGAAGGAGCACGACAAGGAGAAUGAAAAGGAUAAAGCGAAAGCUCAUCCCAGUGCCGUUACUGGAGAGGCAGCUGUUCAGGAGACGGAGGUUACCGGUGACGCGCCGCUGAGGGGCGAGGCAGCGCCUCCCCGCCGAGCUCUCAGGGAGGGGAAAUCCCAGUCGCUCAUUCUGCUGUCUGGAUCAGCGGCAGCAGGAGCUACCAAUGCCAGAAAUACCGCCAAGAAACAGUUUGAAGGCCAGCACAGCUUUGAGCAGAAACUCCACCUCAUGCUUCAGCGUAUUGGGGUCUCCAAGCCUCCUCCAGGAGACACACAGAAUCAAGAAGGAGAAAUGAAAAAGGCUGAAUCUGAAGGUACCAUCAUUGAUAAUAAACCUGAGCCACCCUCUACUUUCUCAAAACCUCGGACUAUGUCUGCAUCUUCAGACACCCGGCAUCAAAUUCGGGCAAGUCUGUCGGCACAUGAGGCAGCUGGGAAGCCUGCUCUGCUUCCAAAGCCAGUAAUCAAACCAGCUCCGCCUCCCGCAACAUCAGGCCGCAAUACGCCAGAGAACGAGCUAGCACAGAUUCAGGAAGCAGAGUCAAACACGCCCACUAAGCCCAGUCUGGCCGCUGCUCCGUCUGCUCCUGCUACCACCUCUUCUUCUGUACCGACAAUCUCUAAUUCAGUCCCUGACUCAGCCAGUGUCACAGUUUCCUCCUCAUGUACUGACACAGAGAUAUGCACUGACUCAGUGGACUCUGCUGCAGCAACUACAACACCUACCAGCAUUACAGCCAGUGACAGGAAAGCCUCAGUCCCUAUAUCUAGUUCUCCUGUCACUGAAGCUCCCACCUCCACAGUUACUAGCAUCUCUACCCCAUCUGAGCCCCCUGGCACAGCCUCAGCUACACCCACCACCUCAGAGUCCACAACCCCAAGUCCUUCAGUUACUUCCACCUCAAAAACAGAAACUACUUCUUCCAUCCCCACCCUGGAAACUGGUUCAGCUCCCUGCCAGCAGAGCCCAGUUUCUAAAACAGCAACAAAUCUACCAACUGAGGCAACUUCCCUGGAGCCAAAUGGUUCUCUCUCAGCUGCUGGAGGUGAUGUUUCUGUCAGCACCGCAGCUUCUUCUUCCUCCACCAGCGUGUCAGAUUCAGGCCUACAUACUCCACCCAGUACCUCUGUAGCUACAUGUCAUCCUCCCAAUUCUGGUGCAGUUACAACCGCAGAUACACACGGUGUCCCCGUUACUUCAGCCUCCCCUGUGACCCCAGCUCCCCUCCCUCCCACAGCUGAUGAAACCCUCAGCCCACCAUCCAGCGACCACAUGGACUCUGCCUCCUCUCCUGCCAUCGUCCAGUCAGACGCCCCCAUUUCUGCUCCCUCCACUUCUUCCAGUGACACGAACCCUACAGACACCGCCUCCACUGCUACCAGUUUAAACCGCGCAGACACCACUUCCACCAGCAGCUCGGCGGGCGCUGCUGCAAUUAGCUCCCCACACAUAACUGGGUCAGAUCCAGUCUUCACGAUUCCCCCUGACGGAGAGUUAAGUGCCACUCCUUGCCGCUUCAGCAGUCCAGCACCCCCUGAUGGUGAGUCGCACCAGGAUAAAGAUUUACAAACGCUGCAUGAGGAAGGGGGGGAAGGAGAAGGACCAGGAAAACCCACAACAGACACAUCAGUCAAUAAGCCUUCUGAGGAGGUCAAACAGACCAAAUCAGGUGAUUCUGAGGAGAAGAAGGAAGAUGCUCACGGCAAGAAGAAGAGCGAAAGUGACAGUGACAAACCACUGGUUGACAACGGUGAUGUAACAAGAAAAGAAGUGCAGGAAGAAAGUGUGAGAGCAGAGGAGAACGCCCUCUCUGAACCCGACCCGGGUGCAGAGGGUGAGAGGAGCAGAGACGACACAGUCAAUGAGGCUCAAGAGCAAGAGAAAACAAUGUCAGCAGGAGAUAAGUGAAAAAUAAUAAAGUCGCUGAACAUGGGACCAACAACUGUGACAGACAGGAGAGUUCACAGUAAAGGCUACGAGGGGUAAGGAAGGCUGGGGGAGAGAUUAUCAAUGGCACUUCCGACAGGGACCACCACAUUACUGCAGCACACCACUAAGAGUGGGCCACUGGACCAAAGAACUGAGAUCCUCUUGGUGUGAUGUAAUCAACAAAUCCAGCAGUGUCUUUGUCCUUUUUUUAACUUCUGUUGAGAUUUUGCAUUGCACGUAUGAUUAUGUACUAUAAGAAAACUAUUGUGGUAAAAUACAUGAUGUUUACAAAAGAUGGAAAAGAGACAUAGCUAUGACUAUUAAAUGGAUUAUUCAAUUCA